AUGGCAUUGCAACUGGAGUCCAUCAAUCUCCCUCACCUGCCUGCGUCUCUCCCUAUCCAUGUAGCGCUGUACCGAAAUGUGGAGAACGCAGCAUUUUUGCGCGAGCAGCUGCUUGCCGGGAAUACGGAGUUUCAAUAUGCUUUUAUCGAUGCUAGCAUGGUGUUUUCGCGAGAGCAUGCGUUGACUGCUAUUUUCCGCGCAGUUAAUGAUUACUUGAAUGACCGUCUCAAAUCCCACAAUGUGCACUCGGAGAUUGUGUUUUCAUUUAACCCGACCAACCACAUUGGCGAAUCCCUGCGCAAAUUUGGCGUUUCUGACUCUACGAAAGAUUUGUUGGCGGUAAAAGUCUCCGUGUCCCCGGAGAUAACCCAUGACUCCGUUGCCGCACAUCUGGAAAGUUCCAUCAAAGGAACUUCGGUGCCUUUCGAUGAUCAGAUAAUCUCUGAGAUCUCGGAUAUUACCAAGAUCAAGAAGGUUUACAAACUUGCAGCCUUGCCCUCGCCAGGCGACAAAGUAUCUAAUGGCACAGAUGCCAGGCGGCGAUUGGAGCUCUCCCUACUUGGAGCUAUUGCUCUACGAGCAUCGUGA